UAACUAAAGAUCUGUUAAGCAUUAUAUAAAUGUUUGUUAUUGAUUUAUUAAGGAAAGUUAUUAUAAAGUGUUACCAAACUUAUUCAUUAGUUGCUAAUGUGUGUCUGAAAUGAAAACAAUUAUCUCAUUGUUACACACUGUAGGUUUGUGGAUGGUCUGGGAUGCUUAGGGUUGCAUGCUGCAAUGAAGGCAAAUCUGAAACAUAUUCGGUAUCUGUUCCUGGCCAAAGAGGACCCGCUGACUGCCCAGGACCUUAUUGAUGUAUUCAGCCCACACUUUGCAGAGGAGGGAAGCAAUCACAGACGCAGUGAAAUAAGAACAUAUGCCUGGUUCCGUGACUUCUUGCUAGAUGUGGAAGGUGGAGAAAUGCAAGUGGACCAAAGUAAAUGCCUUACUCUGCGAGAGGUUCUUGCCUUUGCUUCUGGGCUGGAGGAGUUGCCCCCACUGGGAUUCAAAAACCAGCCAGUCAUUGAAUUCAUACAUACUGACCGCAAAUUCCCUGAAGCCAACACAUGUGACGUAGUCCUCCGCCUACCAGUACAAAGGAGCUAUGAGGAGUUCAGCAACCACAUGUGCAGUGGGAUUUUGCAGGCCACAGAGUUUGGAAUGGCAUAAAAGUCAUGUUCUUUGUG